GCCCCGCCCCCACCGGAAGCACCCGUUCCUCCACCGGAAGUCCCCCUCCCUCAAGCACCGGAAGCGACCCCUCCGACCCGGAAGUCCAAAAGCAAAGGGCCCUACGUGUGCGCUCAGUGCGCCAAAGAGUUCAAGAACGGUUACAACCUGCGGCGCCAUCAAGCCACGCACGGCGCCAGACCUCCCGCCCUCAUGGGGGCGCUGUCGCAAGGCUCGAGCGCCGCUGCCGUCUCGUUGCUCCCGGACGGCAGCACCGCUUCGAGUCCUCCAAUCCUCAUGGGGGCGCUGUCGGACGGGACGACCGGAAGCGGCGCCGGAAGCGCCCGCAAACGGAAGAGCCACGCGUGCGAAGCUUGCGGCAAAGCUUUCCGUGACGUUUAUCACCUGCGGAGGCACCGUUUGGCCCAUUCAGACGAGAGGCCGUUCCAGUGCCCCGUGUGUCAGCAGCGAUUCAAGCGGAAGGACCGCAUGGGGCACCACCUGCGCGGCCACCAGGGCGCCGUGCACCGCCCCUACGCCUGCGCGCAUUGCCCCAAGGCCUUCUCACG